AUGACGGCCUGUUGCAUGCCUGCCGGCGACCGCAGGCGGCUUGAUUUUGUUUGCCGUGCCCGGGACGGGUCAGCCGCUUUCGGCCGAGUCGAACAGAAACUCCCACUCGCCAUGCCGUGCGACGAAGCAAGCCGCAUCCCGCCACAAGCGAUGCAAAUUGCCCUGCGGCGUCGCCUACGGCUGCCUCUACCUCUUUGCACCGGACGCUGCGGCCCCAACCCGGGAUGUGGUGGCGUCGUCGACCCUUAUGGCGACCAUGCCCUCGCUUGCCCGAGGACAGGCUUGUUGGCCAGACGCGCCAAAGUCGUCGAGCGCGCGUGGGUCCGCGUGGCGCGAGAGGCCGUCGGCGCCGAAGGUCAGGUCGUGCCACAGCAGUGGCUCGCCCAUACGACUGCAGCAGGCGUCCCUGCCGACGACCGCCGCCGCCUUGAUCUCGUCGUCUACGGGGCCACCGCCAACGGAGGAGCGCUGUGCUGCGACGCAACACUCGUAUCUCCUCUAACCAGAACGGGUCAUCCCCAUCCAUGCGCCGUGGAGGUUGACGGUGCCGUGCUGCAGGUCGCAGAGCGACGCAAGCGCUGCACGUACCCCGAACUCGCGAGGGGCGGCCCGCAGAAGCUCGUGGUCCUAGGCUCCGAGAUAGGAGGCCGCUGGAGCACUGCUGCGCAGCACUUUGUUUGCGACCUCGUCCGGCUCCGCGCUCUGCGUGCGCCGCCUGCCGUGCGCGCUGCGGCGUCCUCCGGCUGGGCAAGACGCUGGUGGGGACUUUCCGGUGCGGUCCAGCUCGCCGUGGCGAGCACAGCCUUGGGCCGAGCGUGGCCGGCUGCGCCACUGCCUGGGCCGAGCGACGGCCCUGCACUGGACCGCGUGCUCGACCUCGCCACCAAUGAAUGGCCUAGCCGCCUGCCCCUGCGGCCCUAA